CCCCCCCCUCCUCCCUCCUUCCCCCUCCGCCCGUAACUGCGCCUCCGCUCAAUUGCCAGGGCGCCGCGCCUCCUUCCCCCCCCCCUCCCCGCCUCCUUGUCUCUCUGACGGCUGGCCGCCGUCACCUGUGUGAGGAUGCAGCAGCUCUUCCAUACGCUGAACGGCCGGGACCGACUCCUGCGCCUGGUCCAAUACCUGGCCCGGUACCUGGCCCUACGGGGGCAUUCAAAGGACGCCCCGCUGCUGGGCGUAUCUCCCGCCCAGUGGUCCCAGGUGGCAUCCAACAUUUCCUUCUGUCGGAGAGUCUUUUUCUUGGGGAAGUUUGUCGACACGUGGCGCGCCUGCCUGGCCGAGGUGCUGCGCAUUCUCCGCCUCUUCCGCGCCUUCCAAGCCAAGACCCGGCCCCUGACGCCCGAUGAGCACACCCUCCAGCUGAUUGAUGUGGUCUCGCGGCUGCUGGAGGUGCUGAAACUGGUGCAGCUGGGGCUCUGGCUUUUUUGCGACACCAUCCAAACGGUUGUGGACCUCGGGACCUUCCGCCUGGGCUUCCAGGCUCGACUGAGUCUCCUUUCCUCGAGGCUGUGGCUCAGCUACCUGGUGACCUCGCUGUCGCAGCAGCUCUUCUUGCGGAUAUUUGUCAACCACCAGUUUUUCAUGCGCCUCAAGGACGCCGGCCAGGGUGCCUACACCGGGCACCAAUUUUCGCCGGUCGACACGCUGCGAAACGCCCUGGAUUUCCCCCUCCCAUCACAGGGGCUUGCUGGGCUGCUUGCGCGCGAGGGCUCCUCCAAUGGAUCCAUACCUCUGGGCCCGGACUGGCGGUACAUCCGGGGCUUGGACUCGGUGGCCCGGCUGAUAUCCGGUGCGGUUGGACCGCGUGGAGUCGCCGCCUGCGGCAUAGCCUCCUCCUGCGUUGCCGUCUACCAGACGCUAUGGCCAUAGGAAGUGGGGACGAGGGACCCGGGGUGGAGUGGGGCGUGCCUGUGCAUGGUGCGCGUGCCUUGGCUCCGACAGAUGGGGGGGCACCCCCAGGCAAGUAAGAAUAAUAGAAAUAAAAGGAAUGCCCCCCA